AUGGAGUGGCUAUUCGGGAAACGGAUGACACCGGACGAGAUGAUGCGGAAGAACCAGCGAGCGCUAAACAAAGCAAUGCGCGAUCUGGAUCGGGAAAAGAUGAAAAUGGAACAGCAGGAGAAGAAAAUUAUAGCCGACAUUAAAAAGCUAGCGAAAGAAAACCAGAUGGACGCUGUAAAAAUCAUGGCCAAAGAUCUCGUCCGGACGCGCCGCUACGUGCGGAAGUUUAUGCUGAUGAAGGCCAACAUUCAGGCGGUGUCGCUAAAAAUACAGACGCUGAAAUCACAGAACGCCAUGGGUGAAGCGAUGAAGGGUGUCACGAAGGCGAUGACCAACAUGAACCGCCAGCUCAACCUGCCACAGAUCCAAAAGAUACUGCAUGAGUUCGAAAAGCAGUCGGAGAUAAUGGACAUGAAGGAGGAAAUGAUCAACGACGCAAUGGACGAUGCGAUGGAGGAUGAGGGCGAUGAGGAGGAAACCGAUGCCGUCGUGUCGCAGGUGUUGGAUGAAUUGGGUCUCCAGCUAAACGAUCAACUAUCCGGAUUGCCUCAAGCGUCAGGUUCGCUGGCAGUGUCCGGCACGAAAACUCCUCAGGCAGCAGCAGUGGGAGCGGCUGGUGGUUCCGGUGGAGCUGGAUCUCCCGUUUCCGAUGCGGAUGCCGAUCUGCAGGCCCGACUGGACAAUCUCAGACGAGAGUAA